AAGUCAAUACAAACUGAUCAGCUUCUUUUUAAUAUAAUUUGAUGACGCUAUCGUACUAGCGGGAAUAUGGCGGUUGUCUUCAGGGCCAAAGACAAAACGGAAUAUGGCGCUUAGCAUCAGGCCAAAACACGAGAUCAACCUUUGGUGUCAAAUUAUUCUUCUUUUUUGAAGAAAAGCAAACUCCGCCCUCCAUAGAGGUAGUUUACAUAAAAUGUCAAGCAGUGGCGCGCUGUCAAUUUUCUUAUAUAAUACUUUACGUGUGUAAUAAACGAAUGUUGACACGAAAGCGAAAGUGAUAACGUAAAGAUGAAGGUUUCAAGUUAAAGUUGCUUUCCAUUGUAGAUAUCCUCUGAAAAAAGUGAGUGGACAUUCGUCAUCUUACUUUAAAUACUAGCUGUGAUGUUACUGGUCUGAUACAGCCGAAGUUUUAUAAAACAAAUCCAGAGACAUCCACAAAGUGUGAAAUGUUGAUUUUUCAUCUCAAGGUGAACAGCGACUGCCCCCGUGAGAGCUGCUUUUUCGAAAUCCUACACAUUUGAUAUUUGACAACUUUGCGACAUGUCUUACAAUCAACCGUAGCGAAACCCCCCUGAUGACAAGUACAAAGACUCGCAACGAAUUUAUCACCGGGAGUCUGCCGCCUACAGAUCGCACAUGAGGAGCGGAUCUCCGGAGCGGACGACUCCAUCCUCAUCAGAACCCGUCCUCUCGUCCGUUAAGGCCUUGUCUUUUUUGCAUAGCUGUGGACUGGACGCCGAAGACCUCCAAACCCUGGCCGAGCUUCCUGAGCAUCUCAUCGCAGCCGAUACCCUUCCCGACCUGCUUGUGCAGAUCAAAAAUAAGAAAGCGUCCAACUCCGGUUCAUCUAGGUCCGGUGCGAGUUCGUCUCGCUCCUGGGACGACAGGAGCCACUCUCAGCCGGUUGAGUAUCCGUUGCCUGUCCGUCAGUCAUAUUCCAUUCCUCGAGAGCAGCUUUCGACCUGGGACGACCGCUGGGAAAAUGCCCAACAAACCAGCUCCCCAACGUGCACGUACACCAGUUCCGACUCGAACUACGUGGUUGAGUACAACCAUCUGAAAGACAAACAGUCCUAUUUCGAUAACCAUCAAGAACCCUCAAGGCAAAAAACCUCCGUUGUCCCGCAGUCUUACUCCGGCCACAGCAGAGACGUCAGCCAUUCCUCGCAUUUGUCCAGCAGAGACGUCAGCCAUUCCUCUCCUCUGUCCGGCAGAGGUGCAAGUCAAUCCCAUCGCUCCAGCAGAGAUGUCGGUCAGUCCUCUUAUCUGUCCAAUAGAGACAGCAGUCAGUCCUCGCAUCGCUCCAGCAGAGACGUCGGUCAGUCUUCGCAUCUGUCCAGUAGAGACAUGGGUCAGUCUACGCAUCUGUCGAACCGAGACGUUGGUCCACCGUCGCUCCUGUCCAACAGAGGCAUCGCUCCACCCUCGCUUCUGUCCAGCAGAGACGUCGCCCCACCCUCGCUCCUGUCCAUUAGAGACCUUGCUCCACCCCCGCACCUCGUCAGCAGAGACGUCGGUCAUUCUUCACACCAGCGGUGGACCGAGCCGGCUUCAAGAGUGCCUACCAGGAAGGAGGCGUCUGAUUUCCACGGGAAAACUCCGCCGGUAUUUCCCUACGCAUGCAUGCUCUGCGAUAUCACCGUCCUCUCUAACAAGGACUGGUCUGUGCAUAUAAAAGGAGCCCAACAUGCUCAUAGUCAACUUAGUCUUGUGGAAAAAUAUCCAGCGUGGGAUCAGACGAUCCAAUCUGCUCGGAGAAACGAGUCCCAUCCUGAUCGUAACACAUCUAGAACCGCACAGGAACGAGGUGGAACCUCAAGCAGUAGAAAUGGAUCGUCAGCCAGCAGAAGUGGAGCGUCAAGCAGUAAAAGUCAAUCAUCCAGCAGCCAAAAGCGCAGUAACACUGAAGCCACAACGAAGUGCAAAGUGGUGUGUGUCAAGUUUGAAGUGGAUGAUGUGGACGAAGCUUACCUGAAAAAAUUGCUUGGCCAGUUUGGGGCGAUUGUCAAAAUUAUCAUGUUACCUAGAAUGGCUUUUGUGAAUAUGGGAACAGCAAGCCAGGCAGAGGAUAUAGUAAAAUAUUUCUACCAAAACCCUUUGAGGAUCAGAGGAGAACUGAUCAUAUUUACUCUGUCUGCAGCAUUUAAUUUCCUACAGACUUCUUGUGUAGUGAGUUUUUCUCCGUUACCUACUGGUGAUGGCAUACGCUCAGAGUUGAUGGCGAUUGCUAAGCGUUUUGGAACAGUAAAGCAUUCCCUGUUUCUCCCAAGCCGGGGUUAUGUGGAGAUGAGCAAUGCAGCAGAGGCAGAUAAAUUGGUGGAGCACUAUUCAACCCAUUCACUUAAAAUAAAAGGGAAAACCAUUAACGUUUGCUCCUCAACUGAUUACCAGACGCUUGAAACGGCGGACGCUGACAAAGAAAAAUCCCCAGUCCCUUGCAGCAGCAGCAGCAGGAGGAGGAGGAGGAGCUGCAGCCCAAGGAGGAGAUCCCACAGAGACUCUCCCAGCCCCAAACGAAGAGCUUCUAAAGACAGCUCCAGGUCUCACAGGAGUCACGACUCUAAGAAACGAGAGGAAAGUCGAUGCUCGCGGGAGAAAACCAAAGAGAGCUCUAGGCGGGACAGCUCAUCCAAAUCCCGUUCUAAAAAAAGCUCUCCUUCGAAAGACCAGAAGCAAAAAACAAAAACUGGAAGUGUGAAGGAAAGUGCUAAAGACGACAACAGUCAGUCUGACAUCAUGUCUGAUGAUAGUGAUCUUGAAGGAGUGGCGGUUAUAGCAGAUGACGGUGAAGCUCUGAACUCAGAAGAUGAGCUCACGGUAGAUGAAGAGAUAGAUGAUGAGGCCACAGAUGAACAGGAACCGGAUGCAUCUGAAGAUGUCCAAACUGUGAAAGAGUCGGAUGAUCAGGCCGAACCUUCAGACAUGGACACAUCCUGCAUACGGCCAGAGACGUCAGAGUGUGUACCGGCUGCCACAGCUUCAGCUAUAACGAUCAAAUGUGAGGAAGAGCAAGAGCUUCAGCAAGGAGAGCGAAAAGAGCUUCAAGAAAUGAAAAAAGAGCUUCAAGAAGGAGAGAAGGAAGAGCUUCAACAAGAAGAGCGAAAAGAUCUUCAAGAAGGAGAGAAGAAAGAGCUUCAACAAGGGGAGCAAAAAGACAAAACUGUGGAGAUGGAGGAGGCGGCGGCAGAUUUCUCUGAGAAUCCAGACAAGGAGGAAGUGUUGACAGAAAAAGGUGAUGAAAUGGAGGUCUCGACUUCAAGCACUGAGGAAAGGUUUGGCAAAGUUCUUGAGGUGGCCGGUUUUCCAGUGGCUAAAAAAUACAGUGAAGCAGAUUUACUGAAAAUUGGGAAAAAAUAUGGCGACGUCGCAAACUGCUGUCUGGUACGCAGCAAUCGAAAGGUGGAAAAAGCAUUAAUUGAGAUGGUGAAUGCUGCCGAUGCUGCAAAACUGGAAGCAGAGUGUAAAAGGCAACACAUCAAACUAGGUGGCAGAAACUUGAGGAUAACCGUGUCAAAGAAAUACAGCCAACUGAAUGAGGGGCAAAAUAGUGACGCUGACUCUGAGAACGGGAGAGUUAAGGAAGAUACUGAAGAGAUCACUAAGGAGCAAUCGAGCACGCUGGCUUCCAGUCAGGAGACUACAGCAGUGAUGGCAGAGAACGAGAUCUCUGAAGAAGAUGCUGAGGCUCAAGAAGCAAAGGAAGCUAACAUGGACACAAUCAUGCAAUCAUCUAGUGAUGAGGAGGAAGGGUUUGGCAGAGUUCUCCGGAUCAGAAACCUUCCGUUGCCUGAUGAGUACACGGAUGCUGAGUUUCUGAGCAUCGUGAAACCGUAUGGUGAAGCUGUACGCCAUUGGAUGUUGCGCCUUCAUCGAACGGGACUGAUCGAAAUGAAAAAGGCCUCUGAUGCUGAAAAGGUUGUAGCCGCGGCCAACAUGAAUAAAAUCACGAUUGCUGGAGUUCAUCCCAAGAUUUUAGUGUCUAGGAAACACGCUCAUUUAAAUAAAAGGUACUUUAUGAAUGGACCUAGUGAUGGUUCUUUACACCUAUCGUCCGAGUUAAAGGAGGAAAAUGAUGAAUCCAAGACGCAAAACAGCCUUCCUGAGCAGCAGCCGUCCAUCCAGACAUCAGCGAGCGACAAGGAGUCUUUGAAUGAUGAUCAAGAUGACAGCCUGAAGGCAGAUGAGAAGCAGGUUUCUGCAGCCGAUGAUGGAAGCGAAAUAAAGACGGAAAUUGCAGACGCUGGGUCAGAGACGCAAGCACCUGUGAUGGGUCCAGUGGGCACAGAGUUUGUUCGGCCUGUGGUGGGUUAUUUCUGCAGCCUGUGUAAUGCCAUCUAUGCCAGUGAGGAAGAGGCCAAAGACGAACACUGCAGGACCCCAAUGCAUCAUCAAAAGCUGAAGGAGCACAAGGAGCGUUCAACAUGAAUCCUCGAACAUUAAUAGAUGCUCAUGGUGAUAACAUACUGUAGCUAAUUCACAUCAUAACGUGUCAAGUCAUUGAUUCAGUACUAAUGUAGAUUUUGUAAUUUUAUUUCAUCCUUGUUUUAAUUAUAACUAGUGUUCUGUUGUCCUUUUGUGUCAUUAAUGGUUUUAUCUGGAAAAGAACAAAAACUUACGUUUUUCCUCAAAAAGCAUGUACUUUCUUGCAGUGUACUGAACUGAGUUUAUAAGUAAAACUGAAUGUAUUGAACUCGUUCCUGUUCAAAUAAAGACACGUACGGUUGUCAAAUAAA